AUGAACAAUACUGGCAUUACUAUAGUGACCGUGAGCAUUGUUUCAUUUCUAUCAGGCGUAUACAUAUCCCAGUGGUUUAAAUGCUCUCCCGCUGCAAGUAAAGGUCGAGUGAGGUAUACACUGCCCAAAUUUGCCUCAUCAGAAGAGGAGACAGAAGAUGAAACGGAAGACGAAGAAGAUAUAGAUAUAAACUCGUUAGCUUUGAACGAGGUUCCUGGUGAGGUUAGAAUGACUUUGAUUGUACGACAGGAUUUAAAAAUGGGCAAAGGCAAGGCUGCUGCGCAAUGCCUGCAUGCUACGUUAUCACUAUACAAAAAAAUCACAAACCCUAAUUCACAGGCAUACAAUCCCGAGAUGGUUAGUAGAUGGGAGUAUGGGAACGGUCAAGCUAAAAUUACAUUACAGGUGCCUAACCAAGAAGAGAUGGAUAUGCUAUUUGCAAAGGCAAUGAGCUUGGGAAUCAACUCUUCUAUUAUUCACGAUGCAGGAAGAACGCAGAUUGCGGCUGGUAGUGCAACGGUCCUCGGCCUUGGACCUGCACCAAAACGCGUUCUUGAUGAGGUAACAGGUGCCUUGAAACUAUAUUAA